AUGAAGGGCUUCAGACAGAGAGUGCACGAGCAGUUGUCGAGAGCCAAAGAUGCGAAUAAAUCCUCUAAAAAGAAAGACGCUCAGAACCAAUCGUCGCUGGGGGUCCAGCAUGGCCAACAGUCCUCGUCCCCGAACCAGGGCACUCCCACCUCCUCCUCGACGUCCGUGAACGAUGCGAGGAAGUCGCCGGAUAAUGCUGCACAGGCCGGGGCGUUCCCCCCGGGUCAGUACUAUGUUCAACAGGGUGCGGGAGCGGCCGGUCAGCCCGUGAAUAAUGGAGCCCCGGGAACCCCGACAAAGCAAGGACAGCAAAUGGCCCCCAGCGUGGUCAUCAGUCCUAGUGCGCCGCAUGCCCCCCCGCCCGGUGCCGCCGAGACGAUGCCGGGAGAUCUGGCUCCCCCGCGAAAGUCCCACGUCUUCGAUCGCCUCCAGACCACCCCCAAGGAUAUAUCCGAGGGCAUUCGGACUCCCAAGCGUCAGCAUUCGUCGCGAUUCGAUAUCUCCGACCAACGUCAGCGGGAGCUGGAGAAACUUCCCGGCUUCCACGAAGUGCCCCCUAACCGGCGCCAAGAACUGUUCAUGCAGAAGAUCGAUCAGUGUAACAUCAUUUUCGAUUUCAACGACCCCACUGCGGACAUGAAAUCCAAGGAGAUCAAGAGACUGGCGCUCCACGAGCUCCUGGAUUACGUCGCCAACAAUCGCUCGGUCAUCACCGAACCCAUGUAUCCUCGAGUGGUCGAAAUGUUCGCCAAAAACCUGUUCCGACCGAUUCCUCCGCCCGUGACGCCUCAGGGAGAGGCGUUUGACCCGGAGGAGGACGAGCCGGUUCUGGAAGUGGCCUGGCCUCACAUCCAGGUUGUCUACGAGUUCUUUUUGAGGUUCAUCGAGAGUCAGGAUUUCAACACGAACAUCGCCAAGGCCUAUAUUGAUCAUCAUUUCGUGCUCCAGUUACUGGAGCUGUUUGACUCCGAAGAUCCUCGGGAACGCGAUUUCCUCAAGACCACCCUGCAUCGCAUUUAUGGAAAAUUCCUGAACCUGCGGUCGUAUAUUCGCCGGUCCAUCAACAACGUUUUCUUCCAGUUCACAUACGAAACAGAGCGAUUCAACGGUAUUGCGGAACUCUUGGAAAUCCUAGGGUCGAUCAUCAACGGGUUUGCUCUUCCUCUCAAGGAGGAACACAAGCUCUUCUUAACAAGGGUCUUGCUUCCCCUGCACAAAGUUAAGAGUCUCAGCAUGUAUCACCCUCAGUUGGCUUAUUGUAUCGUCCAAUUCCUCGAGAAGGACUCGUCUCUAACGGAAGAGGUUGUCCUUGGACUGCUGCGCUACUGGCCCAAGGUCAACAGCACCAAAGAGGUCAUGUACCUGAAUGAAGUGGAGGAUAUCUUUGAGGUUAUGGACCCGGCCGAGUUUGCAAAGGUUCAGGAGCCUCUGUUCCAGCAGCUGGCCAAAUCGGUUGCAAGCCCCCACUUCCAGGUCGCCGAGCGAGCACUCUACUUCUGGAACAACGAAUACUUCUGUAACCUGGUCAGCGACAAUGUCGAUACAAUUUUACCCAUCAUGUUCCCUCCCUUAACUAUCCACAGCAUGGUGUACAACGCUAUGAAGAUGUUUAUGGAGAUCAACCCCCAACUUUUUGACGAAUGCUCGCAUGAAUACAACGAACGACAAAAUAGCGCCGAACAACGCGAACGAGCUCGACAAAGCCGUUGGGAGAAGGUCGCCGAGCGGGCAAAGGAUAGACAGAACGGCAUUGCUCCGCCUCCGGCGCCGUCGUCUGUGGAGGUUCCAGCCCAGGUGGACGAAGUCGAAUCACUCACCAACGAUAGCCAGAAGCGUCUGCAUGCUUUAAAACUGGAUGAGUCCGGUGCGCCAAUCGAGAGAAGGGCUACCGGGGGAUCGAACUCCGAAGGAGUUGCUUCCACCAUGGAGCGAAACAUCGACAUCUACGCCAGCAAGCUGGCGGAUGAGAAGCUUGCGGAGAUUGCGGACUCUCCUCCAAGCUCUCUGUUGCUUACUUUCGCUUUCCAACCAGAUAUCAAGCUCCGGUCCAAUGUCGCACUUGAAUUACGAGACAAUAUAGAGCCACUAUGCUCCGGUGCGAGCUAUCCCAUCUUUCUUUCCAAGCUAUGGCCCGUCUUCAAGACAAUCCUCAAGGGCGAACCGGUAUUCUCUAGUUCGUCGUUCGAGCAGAAAUUGCGCAACUGUGUUCUCGAGACCCUCCACCGGUUACAAUUGGCAUCUCCCGACGUCGAACCCUACGCUGCGGAUAUGGUAGAUAUGUUGAUGGACUUGGUUCGGAUCGAAAACGAGGAAAACGCCGUUCUGUGCAUGAAGACCAUAAUGGACCUGGAGCGGAAUCAGGCCAAGGCGACCGCGGCCCGGGUACAACCGUUUUUGGAGCUCAUCCAGGAGAUGUUUCAGACGAUGGAGCAGGUGGUCCGAGACACAUUUGACACUCCCAGCCAGGCGACUCCGUCGGGGAUGCCCUCGACGCCCAGUGCAACCGCUCAGAACUUCCAGUCCCCGCGACCAAGCUCACCCGCCACUUCUGUCUCCGACCUCGGCCCAGAUCAGCAGGCCAGCAACAUCCUGCUCAAAGGCAUGCAAUCUUUCAAGGUCCUGGCGGAAUGUCCCAUCAUCGUCGUCUCGAUAUUCCAGACCCAUCGCAACUCGGUCGUGCAGAAUGUCAAGCUUUUCGUGCCCCUCAUAAAGAGUAUCCUGCUGCUGCAGGCAAAGCCGCAGGAGAAAGCGCAUACGGAAGCCGCAGCUCAGGGACAGAUAUUCACGGGCGUUUGCAAGGAGAUUCGAAAUCGCUCCGCUUUUGGUGAAUUUAUCACGGCGCAGGUGAAGACAAUGAGUUUCUUGGCAUACCUUCUAAGAAUGUACGCGCACCAACUGCAAGACUUUCUUCCGACACUUCCAUCGGUCGUUGUACGGCUGCUCCAAGACUGUCCAAGGGAGAAAUCCAGUGCGAGGAAGGAACUCCUUGUCGCCAUCCGUCACAUCAUUAAUUUUAAUUACCGCAAAAUCUUUCUAGAGAAGAUCGACGAACUGCUCGACGAGCGGACUCUCAUUGGCGAUGGCCUCACCGUGUAUGAAACAAUGAGACCCCUCGCCUAUAGCAUGCUGGCAGAUCUGAUCCACCACGUCCGAGACCAUCUAUCCCGCGAUCAGAUUCGCCGCACUGUUGAGGUGUACACCAAAAACCUGCACGAUGAUUUCCCCGGCACGAGCUUCCAGACGAUGAGCGCGAAGUUGCUACUCAACAUGGCGGAACGGAUAUCUAAACUGGACGACAAGCGGGAGGCUCGCUAUUUUCUGAUCAUGAUUCUCGAUGCGAUCGGUGACAAGUUUGCAUCCAUGAACCACCAGUUCGAUAACGCUGUGAAGGUCUCGCAGUUAUACAAGGCGACAAAGAAAGACAUCGAACCCUCAUCAGAGAGAUACCUCGCCGACAAGGACCACCCACCGGACUGGGAUGAGAUUGAUAUCUUUUCCGCUUCUCCCAUCAAGACUUCCAACCCUCGCGAUCGAGGCGGAGAUCCGGUGUCGGACAACAUCUUCCUCUUCAAGAACUUGAUCAAUGGUCUCAAAACCAUUUUCCAUCAGCUCAAGAAUUGCAACCCCGAUCACAUCCAAAUAGAUCCUAACAACGUCCCGAUCAAUUGGUCUGAGGUCUCCUAUGGAUACAAUGCCGAGGAAGUACGGGUGAUCAAGAAACUAUUCCACGAAGGUGCUCGAGUAUUUAAGUACUACGGCGUGGACCAGUCACCCCCGGAUGUGAGCUAUUCCUCGCCAUUCGACUUUCUGGCCAGUCAAUACACGGCGCCCAUGUCUCGCGAGGAGAAGGAACUACUGGAAAGUUUUGGAACCGUCUUUCACUGCAUCGACACCGCGACGUUCCACGAAGUCUUCCACUCAGAGAUCCCCUACCUCCAUGAGCUCAUGUUCGAACAUGGUGCCCUUCUGCACCUUCCCCAGUUCUUCCUCGCCAGCGAGGCCACAUCACCCGCUUUCUCCGGGAUGGUCCUGCAAUAUCUCAUGGAACGGAUCCACGAAGUUGGUACUUCUGACAUGACCAAGGCGAAGAUCUUGCUCAGGAUGUUCAAGCUUUCGUUCAUGGCCGUCACGUUGUUCUCCGUUCAGAAUGAACAGGUGCUUCAUCCCCAUGUCACCAAGAUUGUCACCAAGUGCAUUGAGCUCUCUGUGACGGCGGAAGAGCCUAUGAACUACUUUCUCCUUCUGCGCUCCCUCUUCCGCAGCAUUGGUGGUGGCCGCUUUGAGCUUCUGUACAAGGAAAUCCUUCCGUUACUAGAAAUGCUUCUCGAGACUUUCAAUAAUCUAUUACUCGCAGCGAGGAAGCCACAAGAGCGUGACUUGUAUGUCGAGCUGACUCUUACUGUUCCAGCCCGCCUCAGUCAUCUACUUCCACAUCUCAGCUAUCUCAUGCGCCCGAUCGUCGUGGCGUUGCGUGCGGACUCAGAUCUAGUAGGGCAAGGUCUACGGACGCUUGAAUUGUGCGUGGACAACCUCACGGCAGACUAUCUGGAUCCCAUAAUGGCCCCGAUCAUGGAUGAAUUGAUGACAGCGCUCUGGGACCACCUUCGUCCGCAUCCCUAUAACCAUUUCCAUGCUCACACGACAAUGAGAAUAUUGGGCAAGCUGGGUGGCCGCAACAGGAAGUUCCUCAACCAUCCCCCGGAUCUUUCUUUCGAGCAGUAUACCGACGAUGCGCCGAGCUUUGACAUCAAGCUUAUUGGACCCAGCGAAAAGCGACCGUUCCCUAUCGGAAUCGGCGUGGACCUGGCGAUUGGGAAAUUGAUGGAGUCUCCGAAGACCGCUGAAGCAAAGGCGUCUGACAUCUACUACAAGCAACAGGCCUUCCGCAUGCUCUCUUCCCAGCUGAAGCUUUAUAUCGGACAUGAAAACCUUCCAGAUGACCUUGCCUCGCUCAUUCGCCUGCAUGCAAAUGAUCUUUUCGAGAACAAGACUACCGACAUGGGAGACAUCAUGGAUAAGUCCGAUCGUUCCAGCUCUAUCCCGAAGAAGUUAUCGCAGGAGGGUUCCUUGAAGAAGCUUCUGAAAGCCUGUAUCUUUGCCACCACCAUUCCAGAGCUCCAGCAAACAGCGACUGCUUUCGUUGCCGAGACCUGCAGGCACUUUGCUAUUGUUGAGGUGGGUCGAGCACUGGCUCAAGUUAGGCACACCAGAAAGCCCUUUGAUGUUUCCAGCGGAGAAGGGCCUGUGUACCUUGACUCACGUGUCCUCGCUGAAGCCGUGGUUGAAUGCCUGUCUUCCGACAACGCCGAGGUUCGUGAUGGUGCCCAGGCAGCGAUGCAAGUGAUGAAAGAAGCAGCAGCUGUUAUGUUCGGCACACCAGACCGCGUAUCGAAGCUGCCGUUCUUCCAGCACUUGGGUCGUGUCUUCUGCCACAGCUGCCACAGCGAGGAGUGGUUUACGAAGGCUGGCGGCAGUCUAGGUAUCCACCUCUUCGCAACUCAGCUCGACCUGGGUGACACUUGGCUCUUCGACAAACAGGCCGAGUUUGUCCGAGCUCUCAUGUACGUGAUCAAGGACACGCCGGCCGACCUUCCUGCCAGUACACGCGUACAAGCGCGAGACACCCUGGACUUGAUUCUAAGAAAGUGCUGCAAGAAUGUUUCCAAGGAAGACAUGAAGAACGAGAAGAGCCGACUCUAUUCGCUCUGCGGGUUCUUUGUGUACGAACUGUCCCACAUGAACAAGUUCGUCCGUGAGGCCUCUCGUCGGAGUUUCUCAACCAUCGCCGAAGUUCUUGGCUGCCAACUUCACGAGUUGAUCUUCCCCGUCAAAGACCGUCUACUGCAGUCGAUCUUCAACAAGCCUUUGCGCGCUCUGCCUUUCUCCACCCAAAUCGGCUUUAUCGAUGCGAUCACAUUCUGCUUGGGCUUGCAUAACAAUAUCGUCACUUUCAAUGAUCCGCUCAACCGGCUGAUGCUCGAGUCUCUUGCCCUGGCUGAUGCCGAUGAUGAGUCUCUGGCACCUAAACCUAAUGAGUUCAAGAACGCGGAAAUGAUUGUCAACUUGCGGGUUGCUUGUCUUCGCCUAUUGUCGAUGGCGAUGAGUUUCCAGGAGUUCGCCAACACUCCUCAAAACACGAGUCGUGCUCGCAUCAUUUCCGUCUUCUUCAAAUCGCUCUACUCACGAUCGCCCGAAGUUAUUGAGGCCGCCAACGCGGGUCUGCGGGAUGUUCUCACCCAGACCAACAAGCUCCCCAAGGAUCUGCUGCAGAACGGUCUCCGCCCGAUCCUCAUGAAUUUGCAGGAUCCCAAGCGGUUGAGUGUCGCGGGACUCGAUGGACUAGCCCGGUUGUUGACCUUGCUCACCAACUACUUCAAGGUCGAGAUUGGUGCUCGUCUUCUGGACCACAUGAAGGUGAUUGCCGACGACGCUCUCCUGCAAAAGGUGUCUUUCAGCCUUGUCGAGCAAAACCCGCACAUGAAGAUCGUCGCUGCCAUCUUCAAUAUCUUCCACCUGCUCCCGUCGGCUGCAACAUCCUUCAUGGAACACCUGGUAAACAAAGUCCUAGACCUUGAGGAGAAGCUCCGCAGAACAUCGAACAGCCCUUUCAGAAAACCGCUCGUCAAGUACCUGAACCGUUACCCGAAAGAGAGCUUGGCAUUCUUCCAGGCUCGCUUCAAAGAGGAGCGAUUCGGGCGCUUCUUUGGACAGGUUCUUGCGGAUCCGGAAAGUGAGAGUUUGCGUGCUGCAGUUGUUGCCGACACCGAAGGUUUCACGUCUGCCGCCUUUGCCCAAGAUGCGGCGGAUGGCAAGAACACAGCUGCAAUUAACGGAAUCUAUGUUGUGCAUUCGAUCUGCUCGUUUGAAUCCACCAAGCGCUGGUUGGUUUCGCAUGCGGACCUGAGAACAAAGAUCUUGAAUUCUGGACGUGAUUUGGAGAGGAAGCUGCGCAACGAUAAAUUACCCGCCAAUGAGCGACUGAGAGUCGAGCAGGCCGAGGAUCAAUUGAUGGAUGUGUUUACAAUCUAUCUGGCGGAGUCGGUGCAGGACUUGGACUUCCUUUUCGAAGUGAUGGACGGCUUGUCUGCGGACGAACUGAAACGUACCCUGGCAUUCCCGAAGUUCAUCUAUCACCACAUUAUCACCAACGAAUCCAUCGACUACCGGCGCUCGGUCAUUAUGCGAUGUCUGGAUCUCUACGGCCAGCGGUCGUGCUCGCAAAAAAUGAAGACUUAUGCCUUCCGUCAUCUGGUCAACCCCAUCUUCGCGAUGGACGUUCAGACAACAUGGAACAACCCACCGAACAGCCCCAAGUUGAUGGACAAGAGCAUGACCGAAUUCAUCCAGAGUCGUCUGUGGAAGCCUCAACUAGCCGAUCUGAGUGAAGAAUCCAACCAAGCUGGUGUCGACCAUUCCCGCAUGGAACUUUUGCAACUCUCUGCGCUGCUGAUCAAGUACCAUCACCAAACUGUGCAAGAUUCGCGAAAAGACAUCAUCAAGUUUGCUUGGAACUACAUUCGGCUGGAAGAUAUCAUCAAUAAGUACGGCGCAUAUGUCCUCAUCAGCUAUUUCAUUGCGCAUUAUGAGACGCCGUUCAAGAUUGUCGUCCAGGUCUAUGUUGCUCUGCUAAGGGCACACCAAAACGAGGGCAAAGCUCUUGUCACUCAAGCCUUGGACGUUCUGGCUCCUGUGUUGCCCACCAGGAUCUUGGCAGCAAGCAGCAACGCCCAGACACCGGAUACUCGAUACCCGCUGUGGGCUAAAUGGCCUCGGCGCAUUCUGGCCGAAGAAACGGCCAACCUGCAGCAGGUUAUGUGCAUCUUCCAAUUCCUCGUGCGCCAGCCAGAUCUUUUCUACGAGUCGAGGGAGCAUUUUGUCCCCCUGAUUGUCCCCUCCUUGGUCAAGAUCGCCUCGCCGCCUAAUUCGUCGAACGAAAGCAAGAAGCUCGCCCUGAAUUUGAUCAACCUCAUCUGGCUUUGGGAACAGAAGCGCGUCGAAAGUCAGGCUGCUUUGCCAAAUGGUACGCAUGAAUCGCCAAGCAUGAAGAAACGGAAGCUGGAGGACGGCCAAGCUACGUCCACUCCUUCUCCAGCACUGGGACCUCCCAGUUCCCGUGAACGCACUGAAUAUAUGGUUCCUUCGGAUCUUCGGGCAAACCUGACGAAAUAUCUCAUUUCAUUCAUUACGACCGUCCCUGAGCGGUUCCCUGUUCCUGCUGCUCAUAUCCGCGAUCUUCCUUCGAACAAAUCGCAGCCUCCCGUCCUCACGGGCGACAUGAUCAAGAAGGCUAUGUAUUUGUUGCGAAAUCUACUGUCGCCGGAGUACUGGGGUGAUCUUGACAUUGAGCUAUACCAAAAAGUCACGGAACCCAUCCUCGUGGGAGAAAAGGCGGACAAGCCGGACGAAAAGCACGUCACGAGUAUGGUCAAUGCUCUGCAAGUCGUGCGGGUACUUCUUGCCGCAAAGACCGAUGACUGGAUCAUGGCCCGCUUGCCCUCAAUCCAAAAGCUGUUCGAGAAACCUCUGCGUUCAGACAAUCCAGAGAUUCAGGACUGUCUUCAGGGCUUGGAAGACGAAAUCGACAUCUCCCCCAAGCUUCCGCCUCCCGUAAUGCGUGUCCUGGACGCUCUUCCGGAUGACCAACCGGAGGAAGAAGAUGCAAUGGAUGUUGAACACUCGCCUUCUGAGUUUGUAACGUAUUUGUCCGCUAUCGCGACCGAAACCCUCUCAGCCAACAACUACGUGUCGAGCCUGAAUGUUCUUUGGACGCUGUCUAAGAGCAAGCCCGCUGAGAUGGAUGCUCAUAUUGCAUCGGUCAUGAAGGCAUUCUCCCAGAAAUUAGCAAAGGAGCAUGUUGCGGCCUCCACGAACAACACUGCCCAAAACAACAAUGGACAAAAUAACAACGGACAAAACAAUGGUGCCAAACCAGCAGAAGGAGUGCCUGAUCAGCAGGAAUAUGAGAUCGGAGUUGAUCUGAUCUUCAAGACAAUUGAGUUGAUCUCCGUACGCAUGUCCAACCUUGGAGAGCAAAGGCGUCCUUUCCUGAGCGUGUUGGCGCAACUCGUGGAGCGAUCCCAAAACAUCAAGCUUUGCAGCAAGGUGCUCGGUAUGGUCGAGAGCUGGAUAUUCCAAUCGACGGAGUCUUGGCCGACCUUGAAAGAGAAGACGGCUGUCUUGCAUAAGAUGUUGCUCUUUGAAUCGAGAUCGGACCACACAAUGCUCAAGAAGUUCCUGGAUCUGGUUAUUAGAAUUUACGAAGAUUCCAAGAUCACUCGGACUGAGCUGACGGUCCGCCUAGAGCAUGCUUUCUUGAUUGGAACUAGGACGGAAGAUGUGGAUAUGCGCAAUCGGUUCAUGACAAUCUUCGACCGCAGUCUGACCCGCCUUGCCAGCUCCCGACUCAGUUAUGUGCUUACCUGCCAAAACUGGGACACUCUUCAAGAUUCUUUCUGGCUGUCGCAGGCGGCCCAUUUGGUUCUGGGCUGCGUUGACAUGAAUGGCUCGGCGAAGCUCCAUCCGGAUGAUUACACCCUUUAUCCGGUGUCCUUCCUCUACAGCAACGCUGAAAAGGAUUCAAGAAAGGCUGAUGUCAUGGUAGAUGCCCAGCUGGAGGCGUUUGUCACGGAGCGCAGGCGGUUCGUGUCCGAACUUGGCGAUGUCAAAGCUCGCGAUCUCAUGGAGCCGCUCUGCCAACUCCAGCACACUGAUCCCAAUGUUGCCUAUACUCUCUGGACCAAUCUCUUCACCAUAUUCUGGUCCACCCUGUCAAGGGAGGAUCGCAUUGACCUGGAGAAGGGAAUGGUUACUCUUAUCACUCGCGAAUACCAUCGAGGACAACUGGACAAGAGGCCCAACGUUGUACAAGCGUUGCUAGAAGGCGCCGUUCGAGCCAAGCCUCGCUUCAAGAUUCCUCCGCAUGUGAUGAAGUACCUGAGUCGCACUUAUGAUGCCUGGUACACCGCGGCAACCUACCUGGAAGAAACUGCUAUCAACCCCAUCAUUGACACACCGACGGUCCGCGAAAGCAAUCUUGACGCCUUGGUUGAGGUCUACGCCGGCUUGCAGGAAGAUGAUUUCUUCUAUGGGACAUGGCGACGGCGCUGCAAGUUUGUUGAGACGAAUGCUGCUAUCUCUUAUGAACAGCAAGGGAUGUGGGAUAAGUCUCAACAGUUGUACGAGAAUGCGCAGAUCAAAGCGCGCUCAGGCGCAAUGCCAUUCUCUCAAGGCGAAUAUUACCUAUGGGAGGAUCAUUGGCUGAUCUGUGCUCAGAAGCUGCAGCAAUGGGAGAUCCUUAGCGACUUUGCCAAGCACGAAAACUUGAACGAUCUUCUGCUGGAGGCCGCGUGGAGGAACAUCGAGAACUGGCAGAGUGACGGAAACAGAGAGCAGCUCGAGUCGUUGAUCAAAUCCGUCUCUGACGCCCCCACACCAAGACGAACAUUCUUCCAGGCGUUCAUGGCGCUGCUUCAGUUCCACAUUAAGAAGGACAACCUGCAGGACUUCAACGGUGUCUGUGACGAGUCAAUUCAGCUGUCCAUUCGCAAGUGGCUUCAACUGCCUAAGAGGAUUACCAAUGCACAUAUUCCGAUUCUGCAGCACUUCCAGCUUCUGGUUGAGCUCCACGACGCAAGCCACAUCUGCGGCAGCCUGGCACAGACCAACGACCGGAACCUGGACACGAAAUCUGCAGAGCUGAAGCUGCUGCUGGGAACUUGGCGGGACCGUCUUCCCAACUUGUGGGAUGAUAUCAAUGCCUGGCAAGACCUGGUUACUUGGCGUCAGCACAUCUUCCAGCUGAUCAAUGCGACAUACCUCGGCUUGCUACCUCCCCAGACCAACAAUGUGGCUAGUAACUCCUAUGCCUACCGUGGGUACCAUGAGACGGCGUGGAUUAUCAACCGCUUCGCUCAUGUCGCUCGUAAGCAUCAAAUGCCCGAGGUCUGCAUCAAUCAACUCAGCCGCAUCUAUACUCUGCCCAAUAUCGAGAUCCAGGAGGCGUUCCUGAAACUGCGAGAGCAAGCGAAGUGCCACUACCAGAACCCCAAGGAGUUGAACAGCGGAUUGGAUGUCAUCAACAAUACGAAUCUGAAUUAUUUUGGUGCGCAGCAGAAGGCCGAAUUCUACACGCUCAAGGGCAUGUUCCUAGCCAAACUCAACCAUGUCAACGAGGCGAAUGAGGCAUUUGGCGUCGCGCUCUUUUACGAUCUGCGACUUGCUAAAGCCUGGUCUGAGUGGGGUCAGUACAGUGACCAGCGAUUCAAAUCCGACUCGUCGGAUUACGAAUUGGCUAGCAACGCCGUCAGCUGCUACCUGGAAGCUGCUGGACUCUACAAGAAUUCCAAGUCCCGCAAGCUGCUCAGUAGAAUCCUCUGGCUCCUUAGUCUGGACAAUGACGAAGGACGCGUGGCGAACGCUUUUGAAAGUUUCAAGGGCGAAACCCCCGUCUGGUACUGGAUUACGUUCAUCCCGCAGCUGCUCACCAGCCUGUCGCAUCGUGAAGCUCGCCUCUGCAAGGCCGUUCUGGUCAAGAUCGCCAAGCUAUAUCCUCAGGCUCUUUUCUUCUUGCUCCGUACAAACAGAGAAGACAUGCUCAACAUCAAGAAACAGCACGAUCAGAAGCAGGAGAAACUGAACCGGGCUAGACAGCAGCAGCAGCUUGCUUCGCCGCAGCCCAAGCCUUCCCCUGCAGCCGCCGAUGGUUCGCCGAUGCAAAACGCCCAAGCCAACGCCGGCCAGGGCGCGCAGCCGAACAACCAGCAACAGGUGCAAAACCAAGGCCAGUCUCAUCCCCAGGGACUGCCUCAAGGACAAAGCCCUCAGAUCAACAACCAGGUCCAGGCCCAGCAAUCUCCUGCUCAGAACCAGAUGCAGUUGCCGCAAGGCCAGAACGGCACGCCAAACCAGGGCCAGAACCCUAUGCAACAGCCCCAAGGGCAGCAGAACAAUCUUCAGGUUCCUCCUGGUCCCAACGGAACGCCACAGCAGAACCAGAAUGCCGGCGCAGAAGCGGAGAAGGAGCCUCUCAAGAAACCAUGGGAGUAUUCCGACGAGAUCAUGUCUGGCCUCAAGACAGCUUUCCCGUUGCUCGCGCUGUCGAUGGAGACAAUGGUCGAUCAGAUCCACAAAAACUUCAAGUGUCCUCCGGACGAGGAUGCUUAUCGUCUGAUUGUUGCCCUUCUGAACGAUGGACUGGCGUAUGUUGGCCGCAUGCCGGGCUCGUAUGCACUGGAUUUCAAAUUGCCUGCUGCCACGGAGGCCAACAUCACUCGCUUCGCGGAGACUAUCCUGCCAGCUCACAUUCGCAAGUCCUUCGAGGCUGACUUUGUUGUCAAGAAGCCGACCAUGUAUGAAUACAUCCAGAAGCUGCGCCGCUGGAGAGACAAGUUCGAAGAGAAGCUUGACCGUCGGCCUCAGUCUCAGUUCCUGGAGAGCUACUCGCCUCAUCUCAGUGAAUUCCGAUUCCUCAAGUUCGAUGAGGUCGAGGUGCCCGGCCAGUACCUGCUGCACAAGGACAAGAACCAGGAUUUCGUUCGUAUUGAUCGGUUCUUGCCUGAUAUCGAUCUGGUGCGCGGCAUUGGUGUCUGCCACCGUCGCCUGAAGAUCCGCGGUCAUGACGGCAGCGUGCAUCCUUUCGCUGUCCAGCAUCCAGCGGCUCGUCAUUGCCGACGGGAGGAGCGGAUCUUGCAGCUCUUCCGUAUCUUCAAUGGUCUCUUGGGCAAACGUAAGGAGAGCCGACGACGCAACCUGUAUUUCCACCUUCCUCUUAUGGUUCCCUUGGCUCCUCACAUCCGUCUGGUUCGUGAUGAUCCGUCGUACAUUUCCAUGCAGGGAAUUUAUGAGGAUUACUGCCGUCGGGUUGGCAUCAACAAGGACGAUCCUGUUCUGUUCACCAUGGAGAAGAUGAGGUCGUUGGCAGAGACCAAGCAAAACCGCACGCCCGAUCAGCAGCAACUUCUUCGCGGCGAGAUCCUCACAGCCAUCCAGGAGAAAUGGGUUCCCAAUACCGUUGUGCUGGAUUACUUCCAGAACACGUACCCCAAUUUCGCGGACUUCUGGCUCUUCCGCCGGCAGUUUACCUACCAAUACGCUGCGAUCGCAUUCAUGACCUACGUGAUGCACAUGGGCAACCGGUAUCCCAACAAGAUCAUGAUCUCGAGGACCACGGGCGACAUCUGGGGCUCCGAGCUCAUCCCCGCCAUCAACCCUGCCAAGGCCUUCUUCUACAACCCCGAACAGGUGCCUUUCCGAUUCACGCCCAACAUCCAGACGCUUUUGGGACCCAUUGCCACCGAGGGUCUCUUCGCGUGCGCGUUGAUGGCGAUUGCGCGAUGCCUGACCGAGCCUCGACACGAGCUCGAGCAGCAACUCAGCAUCUUCGUGCGCGACGAGAUGAUGUUCUGGGCUACGGCUCAGCAUCGUGGUUCCCUGCCUGUUCCGCAGCUCCGCGAUCUGGUCUUCAACAACAGUGAUGUGAUCGUCAACCGGGCCGUCAGCCUUGCCAGCCCCCCUGAAGGCAACCUUCCUGCCAACCAAACCACCAUCGACCUCAUCUCCAAGGCCGUGAAUCCCCAGCAUCUGGCUUCUUGCGACGCUCUGUGGAUGCCAUACCUUUAG